UCGGCCCUUUCUUCCUCCCCUCCCCGCAGUCUCCCUCAUGUUGCAGCCUUGUUGCAAUCUAUCGGCGAUUCGCUGGGCAAGGCUUUUGCGCGGCGCUGCGAGGGGCCGCCGCUCCAUGCGUGGUGGCGAUCGCGGGGCUUGCGCCGGGGCAGGAGCGGGCAUCAAAUAAAAAUCCACCCCCCCCCCCACCCCAACCCCCGAAAUUACCAGCUCCGAGCUGUCGUAUGUUCAGGUCCAAACGCUCAGGGCUUGUGCGGCGACUUUGGAGAAGCCGUGUCAUCCCGGACAGGGAAGGGGCAGAUGGGAGCUCCAGGCAGAGCCAGGACCACGGUGGGGGCACCAGCCGCAGCAAAACCCCGGAGAAAAACCCCUCCUCGGAAAUCCGCACGGUAACCCGCAACCUGGCGAGGGACCCAGCGGAGCUGUGCGCCUGGGAGCCGGGCCAGGAGGGCAGGGGGAGCCCCAUGGCGGCGCGGGAUGGGCCCCGGGGCGGCCCCGGGCAGCAGCAGCAGGAGGAGGACGGGGAAGAGGAGAGCCCGUGGUGGGCACAGGAGAGCGAAUGCAAAACCGUGACUUGCUGCCUCUUCAAGGAGCGGGAGCCGGGCAGCCCCAGGCCCGCGGGCGCCUCCUCCCGGGACAGGGAGCUGCGGUCUGGCGACUUCCCGCUGCGAGCCCCCCCGGAGCCCCGCAGCCGGGAGGCCCGGUCCCGGCUCCUGCUGCUGGAGCAGGAGCUCAAGUCCGUCACCUACUCGCUGCUGAAGCGGCUGAAGGAGCGGUCGCUGGACAGCCUGGUGGAGGCGGUGGAGUCCCGAGGGGGGAUGCCCAGCGGCUGCGUCCUGGUCUCCCGCACCGAGCUGCGCCUGGGGGGCCAGGCGGCGGCCCCGCAGCUGCUCCUGGGCAAGCUGUUCCGCUGGCCGGACCUGCAGCACCCGGCGGAGCUGAAACCGCUGUGCGAGUGCCAGAGCUUCGGGCUGGCCGAGAGCCCCACGGUCUGCUGCAACCCCUACCACUUCAGCCGGCUCUGUGGGCCAGAGUCUCCCCCGCCUCCUUAUUCUCGGCUGUCUCCUCAUGACGAGCAAAAGCCACUGGAUCUAUCAGAUUCCACGUUGUCUUACACUGAAACAGAGGCUACUAACUCACCAAACACCACCCCGGGAGAAUUCUCAGAUGCCAGUAUGUCGCCUGAUGCCAUUAAGCAGAGCCACUGGUGUAAUGUUGCCUACUGGGAACAUCGGACUCGUGUGGGACGCCUCUACACGGUGUAUGAACAGUCUGUCAGUAUAUUUUAUGACCUACCUCAAGGAAAUGGCUUCUGCCUCGGACAGCUAAACCUGGAAAAUAGGAGUGAGACGGUUAGAAGGACUCGAAGUAAAAUCGGCUAUGGGAUUUUACUUAGCAAAGAACCGGAUGGUGUGUGGGCCUACAAUCGCAGUGAGCAUCCUAUCUUUGUCAACUCCCCAACACUGGACAUUCCCAAUUGUAGGACUUUAAUAGUACGCAAAGUGAUGCCUGGCUAUUCGAUAAAGGUAUUUGAUUACGAGAAGUCUUGCCUCUUACAACACGCCACGGAUCUGGAUUAUGCAGAUGGGCCCUACGACCCAAACAGCGUUCGGAUAAGCUUUGCUAAAGGAUGGGGGCCAUGUUAUUCGAGACAGUUCAUCACGUCAUGUCCUUGUUGGUUGGAGAUAUUACUCAGCAACAAUAGAUAACAAUCAGCCUCUGCCGAAAGAAAGGAAAAAAAAAAAAGAGCGAGAGAGAGCGAGAAACACAGACUAUUCCAAAUAUCAUCUACCUAGAUUUAAUAUAAAGUUUUAUAUAUUAUAUGAAAAUAUAUAUUAUACUUGUAAUUAUGGAGUCAUUUUUACAAUGUAAUUAUUUAUGUAUGGUGCAAUGUGUAUAUGGACAAAAAAAGGAAAAUGCACUUUGGCUUAUAUAAUUCUUACAAUACGGAUUUAAAAAAAUUAUACAGCAAAAAUAGGAGAAAGCCCUAAUUUUGAUGUAUGGUUUUUUGAAAUAUUAUUAAUACCAGACAAAAAGCUAAUACCAGUCACUCAUUGAUAAUAAAGUAUUCGCAUUAUA